AUGUUCGCUUCUUGUCACUGUGCGCCGAGAGGCAGGAGGACUAUGAAGAUGAUUCACUUUCGGAGCUCCAGCAUCAAAUCGCUCAACCAGGAGAUGAAAUGCACCAUUCGGCUGCUGGACGACUCGGAGGUUUCCUGCCAUAUCCAGAGGGAGACCAAAGGGCAGUUUCUUAUUGAACACAUCUGUAACUACUACAGCUUGCUGGAGAAGGACUACUUCGGAAUUCGCUAUGUGGACCCAGAGAAGCAAAGGCACUGGCUAGAACCUAACAAGUCCAUCUUCAAGCAAAUGAAAUCUCAUCCACCAUACACCAUGUGCUUUAGAGUGAAAUUCUACCCACAUGAACCCUUGAAGAUUAAAGAAGAGCUCACAAGAUAUCUUUUAUACUUGCAGAUUAAAAGAGACAUUUUUCAUGGCCGACUGUUGUGCUCCUUUUCUGAUGCUGCCUAUCUGGGUGCUUGUAUUGUUCAAGCUGAGUUCGGUGAUUAUUAUCCUGAUGAGCAUCCUGAGAAUUAUAUCAGUGAGUUUGAGAUUUUCCCCAAGCAGUCACAGAAGUUGGAAAGAAAAAUCAUGGAAAUUCAUAACAAUGAACUCAGAGGUCAGAGCCCAGCGAUUGCUGAAUUCAACCUACUCCUGAAAGCUCAUACAUUGGAGACUUACGGGGUAGAUCCUCACCCAUGCAAGGAUUCAAGAGGUGCUACAGCAUUUUUAGGAUUCACUGCUGCAGGGUUUGUGGUAUUCCAGGGAAAUAAGAGAAUCCAUUUGAGAAAAUGGCCAGAUGUCUGCAAAUUGAAGUUUGAAGGGAAGACAUUUUAUGUGAUUGGCACCCAGAAAGAGAAAAAUUCCGUCUUGGCAUUCCAUACUUCGACACCAGCUGCCUGCAAACAUCUGUGGAAAUGUGGGGUAGAAAACCAAGCCUUUUAUAAGUAUGCCAAGUCAAGUCAGAUCAAGACUGUGUCGAGUAGCAAGAUAUUUUUUAAAGGAAGUAGAUUUCGAUAUAGUGGUAAAGUUGCCAAAGAGGUGGUGGAGGCAAGCUCCAAAAUCCAGAGGGAUCCUCCUGAGGUGCACAGAGUCAACAUUACUCAGAGUCGCAGCUCUCACUCCUUGAACAAACAGCUCAUCAUUAACAUGGAGCCCUUGCAGCCCCUGCUUCCUUCACCCAUUGAACAGGAAGAUGAAGUUCCCGUGCCUGAGGGUGUCCCAUUGCCUAAAGCAGAUGUUUCUGAGCCCCUGGUUGCCAGUUCACCAGUGAAGAGAGCUCGAUGUGCAGAUCCUCUAAGUGAAGAGGAAGAUAAAGUAAAAGAAGACCCCUUGACCAUCUCUGAACUAGUAUACAAUCCCAGUGCCAGCCUGCUCCCUACCCCAGUGGAUGAUGAUGAAAUCAACAUGCUCUUUGACUGUCCAUCUAGGCUCGAAUUAGAAAGAGAAGACACAGAUUCAUUUGAGGAACUGGAAGCAGAUGAAAAUGCCUUUUUAAUGGCUGAAGAGGAGGAGCUAAAGGAAGCUCGUCAAGCUUUGUCAUGGAGCUAUUCCAUCCUGACCGGCCAUGUCUGGGUCAACCCCCUGGUCAAGAGUUUCUCCAGGCUCCUUGUGGUGGGCCUGGGACUGCUGCUGUUUGUAUUUCCCCUGCUCCUCCUCCUUUUGGAGUCAGGUAUUGAUCUCUCCUUCUUAUGCGAAAUUCGUCAGACACCAGAGUUUGAGCAGUUUCACUAUGAAUUUUAUUGUCCCCUGAGGGAGUGGGUGGCUGGGAAGGUCAAUAUCUUCCUCUACAUGCUGGGCUGUUCCUAG